CGGCCGCGCAUGUCACCACUCGCCACCGUGUCGCGGUCGCACGACAUGCACUACGCGGCAUCUCGCACUCGAAUUUAAUUCGCACGAAUAUCCACAUUUGCGUGCGACGGGCAAAUAAUGUAGAGAACAGUGCGAUCCACCACCCUCGAUGUAAAAUAAAGGAAUAUUUUCAGUGAUAACUAUGACAAGCAAUAUUUUAAUACAAUAUAAUGGGUUUAAACAAACUCAUGUUUAGAAAUUCAAGAAAAUUAGGAUUGAGCAUAUCAAAAAUAUGGAUAUUCAAAAGCAACAUCUGUGUCCACGGCUGGUGGAUUAUUUAACCAUCGUUGGGGCUAAGCCGUAUACGUCAGGCAAAGGAUUGGCACCAGUCCAGGCACCUGAACUCCUCCGCCGAUAUCCUUUAACAGACCAUGAUGACUUCCCACUCCCUCUGGACAUGGUGUACUUUUGCCAACCCGAAGGCUGUAUGUCAGUGGGACCGCGGCGCCAACUUGCUCACAUUACAACGCGAGAUACCACGUCGUUUGUCUUCACGCUUACUGAUAAAGACUCCGGUAAAACUCGGUACGGAAUAUGCAUCAACUUCUACCGUGCUGUAGAGCGCGCGCCGGCGCCGGGCCCUCGCGAGCGCAGUGUUCUUCGACGAGAGUCAUGGCGGAAGUCAAUGGAAAAGAGUUCCGAUUCUGCAUUUUCCAGUGACUAUAGGAGCAGCAACGUAGCGCCGAGUGACUCGGAGCGGGACUGCAGCGCCGCGCCGCGUCUCGCCCCCGUGCAGCCGGACUCCGAGAGCGGCGGCUCGCACUCGCCCAGCCCGCGGGCAGCCAGGAAGAGACAGAGGGUGCGGAACCAUUCCUUAACGUCCAUAUGCCUUUUAUCACACCAUCCUUUCUUUUCAACAUUCCGAGAGUGCCUCUUUAUCCUUAAAAAAUUAAUCGAUGCCUGCAACGAGUCUUCCAGUCCAAAGCGUGUUGGUGCGUCUAGACAAAUAUUUAGAGACACAGUGUGGUCGGUGUUGACGGGGCAGGCGUACGACAACACGCCCACGAUCGUGGUGCACGACGUGAAAGAAAUCGAGACGUGGAUCCUGCGGCUGCUGUCGGCGCCCGUGCCCGUGCCCGGCAAUACGCGCCUGGAGCUUGAGGUGCUGUCUCCCACCGCGCACGCACCACUCGUCUUCGCCCUACCGGACCACACUCGGUUUACGCUCGUCGAUUUCCCCCUUCACUUACCCUUGGAAUUACUUGGCAUCGACACGUGCUUAAAGGUGCUAACAUUGAUCAUGUUGGAGAACAAAGUGGUGGUGCAGUCUCGCGACUACAACGCGCUCUCAAUGUCCGUGAUGGCGUUAGUCGCUAUGCUGUAUCCGUUGGAGUACAUGUUUCCCGCAAUACCGCUGCUGCCUAGCUGCAUGAGCUGCGCUGAACAACUGCUUUUGGCCCCUACACCAUUUCUCAUUGGAAUACCGGCAACUUUCUUUACUUACAAAAAGAACUUCAGGUUACCAGACGACAUUUGGCUCGUGGACUUGGAUGCAACAAAACUCACAUGUCCCACUGGUAACGAUCAAGACUUACCACCUCUCCCUGAACCAGAGAGCUCGGUAUUGAAAAAUCAUUUAAAACAGGCUAUGCAAGUCAUGGGAACAGCCGGAACUGGUGCGAUAAACAGUUUAACAAAUAGCUCUGCGGAGCAAGCGUCAGCACCGCUUAUGCCUUCAAGGAGAGACAGCGUUGGAGGCGCUACGCUAAAAGUUCAGCCAGCUUCGUUCCGCGAAGGCUCGCACAGCACGCCCGAAAGCCGGCGCGUGUCGGUGGGCAGCGCACACACGCAGCGCCUGUCGCUCGCAUCGCCACACUCGACGCCCGCGCCUAAUUCACCGCACUUGACGCCGCAGCCUUUCAACCCGCUCAUAUACGGGAACGACGUCGACUCUGUGGACAUCGCUACCAGGGUUGCCAUGGUACGUUUCUUCAACUCACAGAAUAUAUUGGCUAACUUUAUGGAACAUACCCGUACUCUGCGAUUAUAUCCGCGACCCGUAGUCGCUUUCCAAAUCAACAGUUUCUUAAGAUCGAGACCUCGUACCACGUCAUUUUUAAAUAAAUUUGCCAGAACCCAAGCAGUAGAAUUCCUGGCGGAGUGGUCAUUGACGCCGUGUAACGUGGCAUUUCUUCGAGUACAAACUGGAGUGUUUGAUCCACGUCAAAUCGGUGACAAACCAAAAUGGUUUGCAGAUCAACUUCAACCAAUUCGGUUUGCUGUUUGGGAUGAUGGUAGCUCGCUUAAUGGUGCAUUGCGUCAACUGCAGAGACAAGAAAAUCAACCUACAGACGAAAGUGGAUCAGACUCAGAAGCAGCCGAGAGCACCAGUUCCUCAUAUUCUUCUUUAAGUGACUUUGUUUCAGAAAUGGCUUCUUCUGAUUUAUCACCAGGUGGAAAUGUUCAUUAUCAACACGUCAUUGGAGAAACAUACAAUGCUGUUGUACAAGUGCCAAUGACGUUCUCAUCUUCUUUAGACCCUAAAACUGUAUACAGCCCUCCAUCAUCGCUCAUGUUCGGUGAAGUGGAAGAAGAACGUAAAGAAGGGCGCGAAUCCACGUCUCCGUCGCCCUCCGCUUCCAGCUCCGAGCACAGCGAGUUCUCCGACGACGAAGUGCCGGGUGCCAUAGAUAGGCCCGACGUUAUUGAUACUCAACCAGCGCCUGUGAAGAAAAGUGACACGGACAGCGGUAGCCUAGGCCGCGAGUCGGACUCCAACUCGACCACGACACCCGCCACUGUGGCCUCGCGCCGCCCGCGCACGCCCGCCGAGCACGACGCGCACUCCGCCGCGCACACUGCCCCGCACUCCGCCCCGCAAUCCGCCCCACAAUCCGCCCCGCACUCGGCCCCGCACUCGGCCCCACACUCCGCCCCGCACUCCGCCCCGCAAUCCGCUCCAUACUCUGCCCCGUACUCCGCCCCGCACUCCGCACGGGCUAAGAGUUCGAAUGCUGAAGUAUCAAGACAAGCAUCACAGACUUCAUUACUGGAACAGUUCGCCGCGCAGGCGAAAGAAUUAGUGCGGGAGACCACGCGGCAAGGCAGCCAAGAGGGCUUGUUAGCUCACAUGGACAAGAAAGGAAAAGAGGCACACGGAGAAGAAAAGAAAAUGUUUGCGCCUUUCGACAAGCUAACUUUGCACGCCAAAAAGGCGGCUGAAGAAGCGUCCAAGAGUGUUCAAGAAGCUUCCAAGUCAGCGUUGGAAGCGAGCAAAACGGCAACUGCUGUAAGCAAAAACACAUUCGAAGAUCUAACUUAUGUGGGCAAGUCCACAUUUGGAGAUCUCACAAAAAGUGCUAAAGAAGUUGCUGCGAAAAAAGGCCUGUUGAAAGGCGAAAGUCAAGAAGGGCCUAUUCCACCAAACGCAAGACGAGAUUCUACAGCGUUACAGACGACAAACUUACUCGCAACCACUCAUCGAGAUUUCUUUUCUAACAUCAGCUCUGAUUUAAAUGGACUUGCCGCUUCUACUUCUAGCAUGUUCAGCGAUUUCUUCGGGUCAAAAGGUAAGCAGCCGAAGGAACCGGAGGGCGCCCCAAUAUCCGCUACGUUUGGUCCAUUCUCGCAAGGCGCACGUGGCUUGGUGCAGCGCUCGCCACUCAUCCGCCACGCCGCACCCACGCCCGUUGUUCCGCAGCCCACCACGCGCACCGCCAACAGCGAGAACCAGGCAUUCCUUAAUGAUUUAGUGCAACACGUUCUCGAAGGUGAAGGCGUCGGAUGGUUAAAACUUAAUCGUUUGAAAAAGCUGAUGGAAGACGAAUCUUACAGAAAUAUGGUGCUGAGUAAACUGAACAAAAAUUUUAACAGGAAGACUACACCUACUGAUAAAGUGGACGAUGUGUUUAUUAGCAAAGCCGUUUGGAAAGGUAUGCUAAAAGUCCUCCAAUCCGUAAUCCAUGGUUUAGAACAUACUUACUCGAACUUUGGUCUCGGUGGAAUGGCUUCUGUUUUUCAACUAGCGGAAAUGGCACAUACGCACUACUGGAGUAAGGAAGUGGCUGGCCUAGAACAAGGAGGAAUGGCAGGAUCUGCACUUUCAGAACACUACGGAAGACACGAUAUAGAAACUCCUUCAUCUAUGCCUUCUUCCAGAAAAAGUUCGCAGUCAGAUGUUCCUGUCGUAAACUAUCCAGAAAUGGAUUCUAACGAGUCUCAGAGCACAACGGAAAUGUUUAAGGAUAUGUUGAAUCAGAAGAGAAACCAACUGUUCAGCAAAUUGACAUCAUUCGAUUCCGAUGCGGCGACGUCGGAGUGCUCGCAGGACAGCGGCUCCAUCACCACCAACCGCGCCACGCUCGUCGACCACCGCGCCUCCUUUAAGUCCAAUCUCUCUGACACUGACGUCAUGUUCCUCAAUGUAAAUCGCGCUACUGGCAAAGGUCGUACAGCGAGUGUCUACUCAGCCAAGUCGUCGCUAAGCGGGCGGCCGAUGGCAGGAGUGCCUACAACAUCACCGAUUACGUCUCCUGAGACGGCGCGUACUUACCUCUUUCAGGGGCUUAUUGGCAAGGAACGAUCAAAUUUAUGGGACCAAAUGCAAUUUUGGGAAGAUGCAUUUCUUGAUGCAGUGAGUCAAGAGCGUGAUAUGAUUGGUAUGGAUCAAGGAGCCACUGAAAUGAUGGAACGAUACAAAUGUUUGAGUGAAACGGAGAGAAAGCGCCUGGAGCACGAAGAAGAUAGACUAUUGUCCACUGCUUUGUAUAACUUGACAGCAGCUAUGGUGCUAUUUGGUGUAGAAGCUGAUAUAGUUCGAAAUAAAGUACGACGACUGUUGGCUAAAAGUCAUAUUGGACUUGUCUACAGCCAGGAGGUCAAUCACCUUUUAGACGUCGUACAUAAUUUGCACGGAAACGACAUAACGCUGAAGGCGCUGGGCUCGCGCCAGGUGCGGCGCGCCACGUUCACGGUGCACGAGGCCGACGCGGCCGGCGCACUGCGCUUCCUGGAGGUGCGCCACGACGGGCUCGUGUUGCGCACUACGCAGGGAACGAUUGUAGAGAGAUGGUGGUUCGAACGCUUGGUAAACAUGACGUACAGUCCCAAAAUACGCGUUUUGUGCCUUUGGAGGAAAAACGGUGGCCAGACGCAGUUACAUAAAUACUACACUAAAAAGUGCAAAGCGCUGUACUAUUGCAUUAAAGAGGCGAUGGAGAAGAGUGGGCGGCGGCAGGACGCAGCCGAGUUGGGUGGGGAGUUUCCCGUGCAGGACUGCGCCACCGGGGAGGGCGGACUCAUACAGGUGUGCAUGGAGGGCGUAGGACUCCUGUUCCAUCACAGCAAGUUCUUUGUGCGACUCGAUCACAUACGAAAGUGCUUCACACAGAACGGCGGUAUCUUCGUUUUAGAAGAAUUUAAUCCCAAAACGAGACAGAUAAUACAGAGGAAAUACAAAUCGAUAAUGGCGGAUCAGAUAUGCUACGCGGUGCUGUGCGUGUUCUCAUACUUCGCGGCGGGACACGAGCAGAAGAAGGCGAUCUUGGAGCAAGCGGCGCGUAUACAACCGACCGCCGCCGGCAACGUCGAUGCACCCGUCACUACGCGGACACAGUCUAGUCCGCAAAUGGAUAGGCAGAUCUCGGACAUUCGUGUCGGGGAAGUUCCCGAAAGACGGUUACCGCCAGACAGGCAGACGCGCGACCUGCCGGAUAAGCCAAGAUUGCUUCCGGAACAACCUAAACGACCGGACGGGAGUGGAGUUGAGAAGAGAGGACGUGAAAGCUCUGAGGGAGGCAAUAUAGAAAAGAGAGAGAUUCCGGAGAAGUCGGAGAGUGCGCGUCCAACGGCGCACAGGACGGAGAGUCUGCCGCCACGCCGACCGCCGCCGCCCGCCCCCCCGCAGACCGCACGCUUGGCGCGCGCGCACUCACAGGCGUGCCCGCCGCGCCCGCUCGACCCACCUACGAUACCGCCGCGGCCGGGGGGGGCGCGCGCGGGCCCGCCGCCGGCGCUGCCGCCGCGCCAGCAGUCCGCCGCCGCCGAUAUCUGUACCAGCCCUAGAGAUUCCGCAUCGUCGAGUCCCGUACGUCGCGGCACGCUGUCGCGUCAGAGCUCGGCCACGUUCGCGCCGACCAACCCCUUCACUGCCCCGCGACACACAGAGUUCGUCAUCCCGCAGCGCAACAAUUCGCGCCGCCCGUCCGCCGACAGGAACUGAACAUCCUUGUGUCCGGUCCUAUGUUAUUUCUGAACCCUGUUACGUUAUAUGUUUAGAAGAAAAACUUAUUUCAUUUAAAAAGUUAUUUCUUAUCCUUUAGUGGUGAGUACUUACGUAUUUUGAAUCACAUACACGGAGUGGGUUUUCAUUGCAUUAACUACACAAUCGCGAUUACGAUACAUAAACAAUCAGCUUUGGUAAUUCAUCCCAAGGUCACUUUCUUAUCAAUUUCUUAGUAACCAUUAUUCCAUCACAAUUGAAGUAUAGUGUUGGGAACGCACAUGUACGUCAAACAUUGAUUAAUCAUUCUGUUGCAGCUCAGCUGGCAUUAGCAAAGUGCCAUCAAACAGGUCGUGCUAUUAGGGAUCAAUUCUUUUUCGAUCCAUUUUUCGUUAGACAUUCUUUUUUCUAUUUUCCUCUGACGUAUCAUUGCGAUGCCAUUCGGAGUAACUAGUAAGUUGAAACCAUGUAACACUUUACAGGUGGAGUUAUCUAGCUCUAUAUAUUAUAGAUGUCUGUGGAACCAACAGUGGAUAACCGAUGCCGAUAAGAUUUUUAUUUUUUUAUUAAUCUAAACUUAACCCAUUAUAAUAUUAAUCCCUCUUUCGCGAGAAUAAGGUCAAAGUAAUGACCAGGACGAAAAACAUUAAACCCGACAAUAACAUAGUUGUUAUUCCUAUAAAUAAAAUAUUCAUCAUCACCUGGUCAUCGUUGCCAUGCAUGUGCAAUUAAUUUUUUGUGAAAUAUUGAUCAAAAAUUAUCAAUGCCAUAAUUACCUAUACAUAGUUCCUAUUCCGAUAAAAAUAUCGCACAGUUAUUAUGAAUGGAAUUACUAUAUUAAUUAAACGUGCAAUAUUACAAAUCGUUUAAUCUGGCCCAUUUUAUGAAUCACAUACAUAGACAUGAAAAGCUUAAGUUAUGUUAUCGAUAAUAAUUAUUGUAUAUUAUGAAUGCAAAAAGAAAAAUAAUAUUUAUUUAAUUAACAUUAUAACGAAAAUGACAUACUUACAGCUCAACCGGCACCAAUAGAAAAUAAUAAAGGUGAUAUAAUAUAGGAUCUAGUGGUGUUGCCAGUAGAAAAAAUAUUUAUAGUAAUUGACAAGUUAUAUUUUCAUAGAGAAGAAAAAUGUUUAUAAAAAUUAUAUUAAUUCAGUUUGUAGAAAUAGUAUCUGUACUUAUACUUAACCUAUAUUGUUAUUAGUUUAUGCGAAUAAAGAUAUUAAUGAAUACUAAUUUCCUUAAAAGCGUUAAAGUUUAUAUAACUGGGGAUAUUUUAAUGUAAGCACUGGCAGUAUUUUGUUAACCGGUUCAAAUGGGAGUUUGUUUUUUAUAGAUACAUGAAUGUAACCUAGUAUGAACGGAGAAAUGUACCAAAAGCCUUUAAUUAUUGCGCUUCCUGCUCUGUUUUACUUUAUUCUGUAUAAGAACAACAUCAGGAUUCUUUCGCCAAGCGUGAUAAAGCAUAAAUUAUAAAUGAAUACCAGGGUUUUCAGAGUUUAAUAAUUCACUUCAUUAAACA